AUGUCAGUUGACAACAACCGACAGAUAAAGAGGUCACAGAUUCGCAGCAAAGUGACCGGUGCGAAUUUGCAGAAUCGCAGCAAGUUGUUACUGGUGACAACAGAGCAAGAACUAAAACUGCACAAAUCUGCAGCACCAUGGCAACCCAGUCACAAGAAGGAAACAAAAAGUUGUGAAGAAGGAGAGACAGAGGAGCUGAAUAAGAAGCUGAAGAGUAUUCUAAACAAGCUUACACCACAAAACUUCCAGACACUUCUACAACAGAUGCAUGGACUUAGGCCUACAAUUGACACCGAGGAGAGGCUCAAGGGAGUUACGGAUCUUAUAUUUGAACACGCAAUUAGUCAACCUCAUUUUAAUGUGGCAUAUGCAAAUAUGUGCAAAUAUUUAUUAAUGUUGAAAGUGCCAUCUCAUAAGAAACCAGGUGAAUCUGUAAAUUUUCGUGUGAUACUGCUGACGAGAUGUCAGAGAGAAUUUGAGCAAGGCAAAGAUGACCAAGUUAUUCUUGACAAGAAGAGGAAAGAGCUUGAUGAAGCUGAGUCUGAGGAGCAAAAGGCACAGCUAAAAAAGGAAUUGGAAGAAGUAUCAAGUAAAGCUAGGAGAAGAUCUACAGGAAAUAUUAGAUUUAUUGGUGAAUUAUUUAAAUUAAAAAUGCUGACUAAAGAUGUUAUGCACGACUGUGUCUUUAAACUGCUACAAUCUCGAGAUGAGGAAAAUCUAGAAUGUUUAUGUCAACUUCUCACAACAAUAGGAAAAGAAUUGGAAUCGGAAAAGGCCAAGUCAAGGAUGGAUCAAUAUUUCUCACAAAUGCAAAGAAUAGUAAGAGAGAAGAAAGUUUCAUACCAGUGCAGAUUCAAGUUACUAGAUGUAAUUGAACUGAGAGAAAACCGGUGGGUGCCAAGAAGAGAUGAAAAUAAACCAAAAACAAUCAAGCAGAUACACCGAGAGGCUAAACAAGAAGAGAUUCAGCGCCAUAUGAUUUCACAGAUUAAUGCCCAACAACCCAUGAAGCGAAAUAGAUCACCUCGUGGUCCAUCUCAAGGGGGCCAGGGAGGAAUGGGAGAGUACGGCUGGAUCACUGUCAGAAGCAAGGCCCGCAAGAGAAACACUGAACGUAACAUUGACUUGUCCAAGCUUAGAAUUAACAAAAGUUCUGAUGACAACAGUCCACUGGCCCGGCGGUGGAUGGUUGGGGGUGGAUAUGCGGCUUUGAGUAAAGAGGAUGACCAUCGAUCACGUGCGUUUGGUCGUGGUUCGAGUCCUCACAGAGGUCAAGGUCGUAUGCCAGGAUCCUUCCAGAAAGGACGACUUGGUGGGCAUGGGUCUCAGGAACUGGAGAGAGAGCGAGCAAUUGCCAGUGCCAGAACAAUUGUGAGUGGGAGAUCAACCCCUCCAUCUGCACCAGCGAGCCGAGAAGGCAGUCGAACACGAGAACCCAGACAGAAAGAAACUGAGAAGCAGGUGGAAGUGGUUAAAGAAUGGACUGUGGACGAAAUGGAACUCAAAACAAGGGCAAUUAUCGAUGAAUAUUUGCAUAUACAAGACAAAAAGGAAGCAGUUUUGUGUGUGACAGAGUUACGAUGUCCAAGCAUGAUACAUGUAUUUGUACAGACUGCAAUAAACCAUGUGCUUGAACGUUCCAAACCAGCUAGACGCCAGACCGGGGCUUUCCUCCAUGAUCUCAUCAGACAAAAUUUGAUAAGUGUCGAUACUUACUUAAAAGGUUUAACUGAAAUUCUGCAGUUUGCUGAAGAUAAGGAAAUUGAUAUUCCCAAGAUAUGGAAAUAUUUAGGAGAGCUUAUUGGGCCAAUGAUACAGGAUGGAAGUGUUCCUUUGAGCUUCUUGCAGCAAGCUUGCAAACCUCUGAUAGAGAAUAAUAAAGCUGGCAUCUUGGUCGCUGAAAUCUUGCAUGAUGUCAGUCAAGAACUGGGUCACAAGAUUGUAGGAGAUUUGUGGCGGUCAUCUGGUCUUCAGUGGUCAGAUUUUGUUCCACAUCAAGAAGUCGAGCAGUUCUUGAAAGAUAAGAACUUGGAGUUUACAGUAGGUCCAUCUUCCCAGCCUAUCACGCCUAUAAGCAAAGUUUCAUUUGACAAGAUCUGUGAUGACUUGAAAGAACAGCUCACGCAACCUCACUGUGAUAACGAAAAUGUAUUUGACUGGAUUGAGGCGAAUGUGUCUGAGGAAACCACUAAAGAUCCUCGAUUCAUUCGAGCCUUGAUGACGGCUGUAUGUUCCAAUGCUAUAUCUGUUUUUGGUAACAUGGCCAUGGUUGACCACAGAAGCAUUAGGUCACGGCGAGCCUUGUUACAGAAAUACCUGGAACACAAAGCUCUGUAUGAGCUGCAAGCUCUGUAUGCUCUCCAGUCUCUCGUCUUCAAGUUGGAUAAUCCACCCAGAGUCCUGCGGACAUUCUUCGACACAUUGUACGAUGAAGAAAUUAUAUCAGAAGAUGCAUUUAACCAGUGGGAAAACAGUAAUGAUCCAGCAGAAGUGGAUGGCAAAGGUGUCGCUCUUAAACAAGUCGUGCAGUUCUUUGCCUGGCUUCGUGAAGGCGAAGAGGACGAAAACGACAGUUGAUUCUUGGAGUUGUGUAGAAAACCUCAUUAACUGCAUAAAUGUGUACGUUUUUUUUCCAUGUUGCCGUUGUGAUACAAUGCAUGAUAAUGCAGGCUGGGCUUUUUUGACAGGGUUGCGUUUUCAGUCACUAUGUGGCAAAACUUUUAAUGGUCACAUUUCGAGGGAACACCCCUUUAAAAAGGACCCGUUGUAUGUGGAUGUGCACUAGAGGAACGAGCUGAUGGAUCGAAUGUGUUUUGUGUAUAAAUGAUCUUUUUGUAAUUGGGAAUUUAUAAUAUUUGAAAUGCAUAUUAUGACAUUACGUAUGCUGAUACCGUUUUUGUUUUUCCUUUGAAAGCACUCAUAUUUUGUUUUAAUGACUGCAGUUUCAUUUAUUGUGCAAAGCACAGGAUCGUAUUUAAGAUGCCUCAAAUUUUUGUCCAAAUGAAUUCUCUGUCGGCUACUUGCAUAUGUGUAUUUGGUUUUAUUGGUGCUAGAUUCGGGUUUGGAUAAAAAAAAAUCUUUACAAAGUGUAUAUAUUUGUUACAGCACCAAUUGACUUCCAAACCAUUGUCAGUUUAUUGGUAUAAAUCAUGUUUUUGAUAUCCAAGGACUUAAAUUAUAUUUAUAUUUGCAUAAUUGAUAUGCAUCGGAAGUAGGGGGACGUGAUUACUAAGAUGUGAAAUAUUUGUUGAACAAUUAUUCAACUGUUGUGCGUAUUCUGUGGUGAAGAUAAACUACUUGCGGAUUUUUAAAUAUAACAUAUGUAUUCUUCCUGCAUCAUAAAACGCCUGACUUUAUUCGACGAAGUAUAAUAUAAUAUAUAAAAUAUAUAUAUACAUAUAAAUAUUUCUACUAUGUGCUAAUGGUUAUAUAAAGAAUUAUAGACAGCCUCUGGUUUCUUUGAACUAAAAAUGUGUGGAAAAUUUUCAUAAAGGUUUUUUCUGUAAGCAUUGAAAAAAUGGUUUAUCUGUGAUGAAACUUUUUCCCUCACGUGAAUACCUGCAGAUGCCAGCGACUAAAUUUGAUAAAUUCAAAAACAAAAUGGAGUGUAAAUAAAUAAACAUUGACAGAUCUUUAAA